GUGCACUAGUCAUUGCGCAUUCGUGACAAGCAAGGACUGAGCACUCAAAAUGCGCACUCUUGUGGCUUCGCUAUGUGUUUUCGCGGUGUUUAGUGCCGUCUGCUGCGACGUCCAAGAGCGCGGUCACACCUACAGGACCAGAAAUGUGACUGUCGAAGAUGGAGCCUGCGUCUUUGAGCGCAACGUGAUACCGGAUGGUGAAACUAAGGCGCUCAACAGCCCCUGCGUCCUUUCCACCUGCUACGCUGCGGCCCGGGAAGUGAAUUCGACGCUCUGCCCGAACAUUGGAGUCGAGCAGGGCUGCAGGGUGGAGUGGACCCCCGUCGGAGAGUAUCCCAACUGCUGCCCGAAGCAUGUGUGCCCCACCACCUCUUAAAUGGCCUCAAGUGUGGAAAAAACACUGAAGCAUCCUAUUGCCUUUGUAGAUUGGACGGUAUCAUCGGCAAGUAGGACUCGUUGAAUUGUGACAAGAAACGUGCCCAAAAGAGACUGACUUGAUGUUGAAUGUAAGCCAUAAUAAACUAUUAAUAAUUCUUCGUA